CCAUCCUACAUUCAGCGGAGUUCACAUUCCCAGUCUUUUUAAUUUUUCUGACAAGGCUCUUGAGUAGAUCUCCGAGAGAAGAGCUUUGGAAGAGGAGGAUCUCUUUGUUUGUCUUUAACCCCGGCCAUGUCUCUGGGAGGUGAUGUGUGUGUGGUGACAGGAGCCUGUGGAUUCCUGGGACAGAGGCUGGUGAAGCUGCUGCUGGAGGAAGAGACGAUGGCUGAGAUCCGGAUGCUGGACAAACACGUUCAACCUCAAGUUUUACAAACUCUGGAGGAUUGCAGAGGCAGCACACAGCUGAGCGUGUUCGAGGGAGACAUCAGGGACAGUGAUUUUGUGAGGAAAGCCUGUCGAGGUGCGUCCGUCGUCUUCCACACGGCCUCCAUCAUCAACGUCACUGGAUCGGUGGAGCACAGUGAAAUGUACAGCGUCAAUGUCAAGGGCACGCAGGUUAUUCUGGAGGCCUGUAUUCAGGAGAACGUGGUGUCCUUAAUCUACACCAGCUCCAUCGAGGUGAUGGGGCCAAACCCCAAAGGUGAACCCAUCAUCAACGGCACCGAGGACACAAUUUAUGACAGUACCUUGAGGUUUUCCUACAGCAAGACCAAAAAGGAGGCCGAGCAGAGAACCCUGCUGGCCCACGGAGAGGUGCUCCAGAACGGAGGCCGACUGGCCACCUGUGCCCUCAGACCGAUGUACAUCUUCGGAGAGGGGUGCCGCUUCCUGCUGGGCCACAUGGAUGACGGGAUACGAAACAGAGAUGUUCUGUUGAGGAUGUCUUUGCCAGAGGCUCGAGUGAAUCCUGUCUACGUGGGAAACGUAGCCUCGGCUCAUCUUCAAGCAGCUCGCGGCCUCAAAGAUCCACAAAAGAGAAAUGUGAUAGGAGGAAAGUUUUUCUUUAUUUCUGACGACACGCCGCCGGUGAGCUACUCAGACUUCAACCACGCCCUGAUGGCGCCUCUGGGCUUCAACAUUCAAGAGAAACUCCGGCUGCCGCUCCACCUCCUCUAUGCGCUCUGUUUCAUUUUGGAAAUCCUGUGCAUGAUGAUCCGACCUCUCAUACGAGUCGUCUUGCCGCUGAACCGGCAGCUCAUCACCAUGUUGAACACCCCGUUCACCUUCUCCUAUCAGAAAGCCAAGAGGGAUCUGGGAUAUGAACCCAUGUACAGCUGGGAGGAAGCACGCAAACGCACCAUUGAAUGGUUAGCCACAGAACUGCCUAAAGAGAGGGAACGAAUUACAGCUAAAUGAUUAAAAGUUGUUUUCACCAAAUUAACUAUCUCUCCCUCACAUUUGUAGUUAUAUAUAACAGCUAACUUGUUGUUGAAGAUUUAUAUUUAUUUUACAAAAUAGAACUUACUGAAUUAAUCACCAUAUGUGUCUGCAGAGGGCGCUGUUACAUGCUGUUGCUUUAAUUUACAUUUUUGGUAACGUGGGAAAAAAUAUUCACUCUCCAAAGAUUUGAUCUUUCAGAAAAAUAUUCAUCUUUACACCAAUGUUUCUGCCCUCAGGGAGAGAUUUCAUUUUUUCCACAUUGUUUUGGUGUUUCUGAUUUGUUUUAUUUCCUUUAUCUCUGUUUUAUGAUGAUUAUUAACUUGUAGUAAUUACACAUAAAAAAUGAUCCGGCUUUCAAAUGAGCUGUAAUCCCGUGACAUAGAAAAUGGCCUUUGAGAUUCAUGCUUUUGAAUUUUCUGAUGAUUAAGCUGAUCAUCAUCAAACUAAUGAGCUGAGAUGCAAACAUGUCACAGCAUCACUCAAAGAAAAUGUCCUGUAAUGACGACAACACAACUUUACUUUUCUGCCUCUGUAUAUUUUAGAUUUUAACGCCCUGUUCCCUUCAUGUCCUUCUCUUC